CACACGCUGUCAUCUUCAGACAUGUGGCGGUUUCUGCACAUUAUACUUGGCUUCAUCAGACUCUACCUAGAUGGCGUGAAAGUUCUCAUAUACCAGCUUUUCAACGAAUCGUUCAGAUUGCCAGAUCUGCCCAAGCAGAAUGGAAAGGUUGCCAUAGUGACAGGAGGAGCCAGAGGAAUGGGAUAUGAGAUUUCAAGACAUCUGGUCAGCCUGGGCAUGCAUGUGUUCAUUGCAGGGAAUGAAGAGGAGGAGGGUCUGUCAGCAGUAAAGAAGAUUCAAGAAGAGUUUAGUCAAGGCAAAGUGGAGUUCAUGUACCUUGAUUUGGCCUCUUUGACGUCUGUGCGGAAGUUUGUCCAGAGAUACAAAGCCAAAAGUUUGCCUCUGCAUGUUGUUAUCAAUAAUGCUGGCAUUAUGCUGGUUUCUGAGAGGAGAACAGAGGAUGGAUUCGAGCUGCACUUUGGGCUUAACUACCUGGGCCAUUUCCUGUUGACCAACCUGUUGUUAGAUUUGCUGAAGAAGUCUGGCAAACCUGGGAAAUGUUCACGAAUAGUCAUUAUGUCAUCAUCUACUCACUAUGGAGGAAGAUUAUCUCUGGAAGACUUGCAGGGAAGGAAGUGUUAUAGUGCCCAUGGUGCAUAUGCCCAAAGUAAACUGGCCCUGCUGCUGUUUUCCUACCACCUGCAGGACAAGUUGUGGUCCAAAGCGGAUCCAGUAACGGUUAAUACAGUGGACCCAGGCAUGGUGGACACCGCCCUGUAUGACAAUCUGUGCGGCCCAGCUCAGCUGGCCAAGAGGCCAUUUGCAAAACUGCUUUUCAGGACUCCAGCAGAAGGAGCAUCCACGGCGAUCUACGCUGCAGCUGCCUCCGAGCUGGAGGGGAUUGGCAGACUGUAUCUGUACAACGGUCGCAAGACGGAAUCAUCAGCCAUCUCUUAUGACGAACAGCUGCAGGCCAGGCUGUGGAAAGAGAGCUGUGCUUUAGUAGGCCUCCAUAAGACCUGAGAGAACAUCAAACUGGCACUGAGCUUUUGGUUCGAAUAUCUCGUAUCCGGCAGUGCUGCUCAGUGAAACCUUGGCCUCAUCCGGCAGUUCACAUAGAGUCCACCUCAAGAACAUUUUAACCUCAUGCCUUAAGUUUUUAAGUUGGUGGCCCCAGUUGCCAAAUUCUCUUUAAACUAUCCCUUUGUCUGUAAAUAUUUUCGUUAUCAUCACAGUGUUCGUUUUUUGAGGUGCAAGUGUUGGCAGGUAGUCCCUUAAGCUCUCAAAAGCUCUUUAGAAUCAAGAGUGACUUGACCUGGACCUCAUCAUAUCAGUCACACAUUCUAAUAGGUUUUCCGUCCUGAUCUGUUAACCUGUUCUUCUCUUAGUCUCAACUCCGAAACUCUAAAAAGUCAUUUUUUUCCGAACUAAGCGGAUGAAAUUCAUGAUUUUGAUUAAUGAAUAGCUUAUGUAUUUUGCUAAGCCUUUUUGGGUGCUUAAUGAAUCAGGACCAUUGCAACGGGAGCCCAACUGAUUUUUCCUUUGAAUUUUAUCAACACAGACUAAAGACAAUCGGAGGAUAAAAGGAUUAUAUUUGAAAUCUCAAGCUCUCCUAACUGAGCAAAUGUAAGCCAGCCUCUGUUAAUUCUCUCAGUUACCACCAUGAGAUGUUGCGCUCGUCUUUGUUAAUAUAGUUGUAUAUCUUAUGCGGCUCCUAAAUCGUGUUAUUUUGGCCAUCAGUCAGUGUCUUUCCUCCUUCUGCCUACCGCAUCUAAUGGUUUAUAUACAAAUGGAAGCAGGGAUAAGCGGGCCAGCAUUUGUCUAGCUAAGCCGUUCAUUUUUCAUUUCUCUACUGUGCAUUUUGAAACACUGUGUUUAAAAUUUUUCACAAAAGAGAUGAAUUACCUUCGUGCCAGGUGCCUCAGUGUUGCCUCCCCCACCUUUUCUCUCCCCGGGGAUAUCUCAUCCAACUGUUCUGUUUGUGACAAAUUUGCGAUUCCGAUGUGUAAUAAUGUAUUUGUGGUGGUUUUCGUUUUAAUCUCGCUUCUGAACAGUCCUAGGUAAAAUGAAACAUUUCAAACAGGAUUUGUUAAUAAAUGAUGCAGACUUUUUUUAAAUGUUGCAAGAUGUUUAAACAUUCUGAUAUAUUCAAUUUAUUUCAUUCCUAUGCUGAUGGUUUUUUGAAUAGAUCUGCGUGCCAUAGAUUACCACUGAAUUCUUGAAAAUGUCAAAGUUUACUAAGAAAGUUGCUGCCUAAAUAUUAAUAUCUAAAAGUACUGUGGAAUGAUUUCUAAGGUAACUUUCUAUCCACCAGUGUUACACAUAUUGUCAUGAGGUUGGUUGCUUUGCAUAAAAUGCUUCUUUUACCUGUUAAAUUCCAUUUAAAUGUACUGGUGUUAAAAUGUGAUGUUAUGUCUGUUUCGUUGCAUCAAUAUUGCGCCCUAAGAGAGCUAAACAUUUACAUUGUAUCUCCCAGGUAAAUCUGUUCUUUUUCAGUUUUGUGAACUGAACAGGAUAUGCAGCUUUUGGCUGAGGAUGACGUCUUAUUCACCCAUGUUUAUUGGUUUUGAUGUUUGCUUUCGUCGUCGUCUAGUUUUGCUCAUGAUACUGUAAUUAUGCACCAAUCAGACGAAGUGCUGCUGUAUUGUAAUGUAUUUAGCAUUAUUGGAAGUGUAAUUUACUUCCAUGCACAGAUUAUAAUGAUCCAAUAGAUAAAUUAUAUGGUUGUGAGUGUGAGCAAUAAAUGAAUAACAGUGUUUGGAGUCACCAAAUGCUUGAUGAUAAAUGAAUCAAGAAUAGGUCUAAGCACAAGAUGUGUAAGAAGGAUUGGGUGUAUUUAGCUCCUCAGCCACAUGCACUGUGAAUGAUUCCAGUGUUUCUGUCAUUUGUAUGAAAUAGAUGGUGAGAGAAGAGAGAUUGCAGUGUUAUUUUGCCAGCUCCUUGUGGAAAGAAAAAUUAUUUAUCUUUCAAGGCACUAAAUAAAAUGCUGAUGUCAGUGA